AUGACAGCGAAAUCAACGAAGGUCAGUCUCAAGAGACACUCAACGGAACAACAAAACGCGACAGCGACUACCAUCGAUGAUUCCACACCACUCAUCAUGCAGGAGAAUCUCAAUAGUAGUAGGGACCAACCAACGAUGGGAGCUAAGCAUGCAGCGAAGCCACACAUGAAUUUGGCAGAGGAACAUUCGCCCCUCGUCGGCCCGCUCAAAGGUACUGGAGACAGGAGAAAUGAAAAGGAUGCGCCAUCUUUCUUUAGAACCCCAGAGAAGCACCGAUCCCCAAAAAGGGUUAAGAAAGUUUCUAACGGUGAAACAUUAAGGGUACAAGCCAAUAUGAAAAAGGACUCCGAUUUCAACACAGGCGCUAAAUACCGAUCGGUGAUCAGUGUGGAGCGACUCCGAAAUAGCGAAACCCGGUUCAAUUCAACUCAAAGCCCUGACACUUCUUAUCAGAAAACGACAUAUUCCAAAAAUAGGGGUGGAAAUCAGCCUGCGUCAUGUGCAAAGAAGAGAAUUGAAGCACAACGCAGCCAGAAGCUUGUCGGUGGUGACUUGCUUUUAAAGAAACUCGGAAAUGGCUCUCAACAACCACUCGCUACUGUAGAUCCAAUGGAGACUCCAAUAACCAGUCUGGAUGAACGCCUUACUCGGGUAGAGAAGAAAAUCGGGUUUUAUCACAAGUACUUAAAGGGAUCGGUUGAUGAUAUCUCUCCCAGCGUCCAGAUUGAAAUUGAUAUUGCGAGAGAGAAUCACAAGGAGUUUGAGAGGUUUGUGCGGGACAAGUUCGCAGAAGAAUACAACAUCAGCACCGUCACUACCCGGUGUGAGUCGCUGACUGAAACCUGCACCGGCUUAGCCGCCACCACCACGAAGACCAACGAAGGCUUAACCAGUCUGAAAGAAGGUGUUCGCAGCGUUGAAGCGACUAUGAUUUCUCAAAAGGCCAGCCAGGACCUAAUCAACGACAACCUCUCCAUCGAUUUCCUUGAGGCAAAGUCGAAACUGGCUGACACUAACCAACGAAUCGCGGAAGAUAUUCUCCCACGACUUCGGGGUUUCGACGGACUCGUUGAGCGCAUACAGAAGCUAGAAAAUGAGACAAAGACAAGCCUGACUGAAGACGUUCUCCUACGACUCAGGGCUUCUGAUGGAGUCGUUGAGUCCAUCCACAAUCUAGAACUUGAGCUAUCUUCUCUUAGGCAGACUGCGGAGCGUCUUGAAGCAAAUGUUCCCGAACUUAUCACGGACUUAGCGCUUGGAGAUAUCUGCAAGCUACAAUCGCAGGUCACAGAGAUACAAGAAUCCCUCGACAAAAGAACGCCACCCCAAGUGACGGACCCAGCAAUUGAUCAGCUGAAAAAGCUGGUCGAGCAACAAGAUAAAACUAUUAAGUCACUCACUAGCGGCAAUGCCACACUCACAGUUAACUACAAGUCACUUGUGAACGACAACCGGGCACUUCAAGUCGACAAUGAAGCCCGCAGAAACGAAAUCGCCGCCAUGAAUCGGCGAUUUAACGAGCGUAUCCACAAACUGGAAGCUUCUCGGACCGAACUACAUCGCGGUGACGUUGCCACCGAGGUUGGUCGUGUCUUAGAAAACGUGUUUACGGUGAACCACUUAGAGCAAAAAGCGAUUCUAUCGAAUCACAGGGGCCGACUUGAGGCUCUAGAGAGGAUGAAUGUCGAAGGGGUGAAAGCGCUGGUCGAUUCUAAAUCCAAGGAGAUGGGUUCCCAGCUCAAGAAGGAAAUCACCAGUGUCCAAAAUCACUUCGCUCAGUCUGUUCUUGACACUCAGGAACUUGUAAGUAUUCCCUGCGAGCCUUCGUCGUUGAAUGCACGAAUCAAUUCUGUUGCGCGAGCCGCCAUUGGUCCCUGGCUCAGUCUCACCGGCUCAGCUGCCCGUAAUCACCAAUCUCCUCUAUCGCGGCCUCAUAGUCAGCAGAGCAUGUCACCCACUGCUACUCGCGCCAAUAGCCACAGAGUGUUGGGCAACCUGCCGCAUCAGCAACAAGUUCGAAUGCCCCAGCAACAACAACAACAACAGCGGCAGCAGCAGCAGCACAAUGUGGUGAGCCGACAAUUUCAAAUACCGCAACAACAACAACAACAACAACAGGUGCAGCAUGAGGCCCUCACGCAAGCCAAGAUCCUGAGUGGGCACUCAACUUCAGGCCCUCGACAGGGCGCUCAUGCAAUCCAACAUCCCGAGCGCACUACAGCACGUGCACAUAGGAGUAACGACUUAUCAUCUCCCGUUUAUUGUUACCGUCAACAGCCUCCCGGCAUUUCUCUACUGGCUCAGGGCCAUCAAUUCCCUCCCCAGCAGCAUCCCCUAGGACCCACCUCCACAACAAUACUCUUCCAACACCCUAGGAGCACCGAGAAGAAUAUAUCAAGUAGAGGGAUGGGAUAUUUGUAUUUAACAAGUAAAUUUCCCAUGCCACAGAAUCCUCCAACGGUUGAGACCCACCUCCACAACAACUCCCUCCUUUUUUACGAGGGAUUAAUUGGGUCGGUCAUUACUUGCCGUAGCUGGGAAUACCUAUCCUUACUUACUUGUAUAUCAAUAUCCUCCUCCACUAAACCAGUGAUAUAUUUCACUCGGCCAAAACAGACGGACAGGGCAGUCGUUGAUUCAGGAGCGUGGGUUGAAAGUGCCGGAAUUCCGAUUAACUCUGGAGUCGAAAUUUCGGAAGUUAUUGUUUGUAAUCGGUCCGAAUGCGAAUCCAUUAAUCCAUUACGAGUAGCACCUCGCCCCAUUGAACUGACCAAACCUCUCACAACAUCACCCCCCAACAUAUUCAGAACAAACAACAAGACGGCGCCAUAA